UUGUAGAGCGCAUGAUGAUGUCCGUCUAUGGAGCGCGUCUUGUGUUGUAGCCCGUGAUGAAGGAUUUUGUGGACAUGUAACCUCUAUGAACGCAGGUUUUAAUAAACGUUGUUUUACAUUGUAAAUGGAAUUAAGCUCGUUAUUCGGACAGGAAGGCUGACUGUGAGUAGUGAAUGCAGUUGAUAAGUUAAUGAAGGAGAGAUAGGAACCCAAACGGCCUCACCUCCGCCUUCAAGUACAAAGUACAGGGAGCGCAAGAGCUGAGCGACUCAGUCACUGAAUACACAGCUGCAGUCGAGAUUUUACACAUGAGAGGUCAGAUGCUCUGUGAGCUGAGGAUAUUUUACAAGCAGUAAAAAUGUCAACCAUAGUCAGCAUGUUUUGAAUCAGGGGGCUCGGAUUAGCUCCAGGAUCUGUCCUGAUAGCAGCUGCAUGUUAGUUUGACUUGCUAGCAGACUCUACUCGCUUACCGAGUCCAGAAAGCUGAAGUAAGAGCCCGAGACUGGCUCCUGUGUGAGUACGGAUUGUAUGCGGAAGUUACUCAGAUAGGGCACGUUUAACCAGGGGACUACAGGAAGUUCACCAGCUGCUGCCGAGUUCUGUUUUACACUUCGGUCCUCCUGAGGAUUUGCUCAGGCUCAGUGUAGAAGAGUCAGUGGAAAGGUGUUGUUUUUGCAGCACUGAGACUUUGGCUCCCUGUCAGCCGCGAUGCUCCCUGAUAAAGUCCCCGCUGAAGAGGCGCUGCGCGCCCCCGAGGAGCUGAAGGAACGGGCUCACAUCUGCAGCUUCGAGAAAUAUAUCGAGCUCUACAACACCUCUGUCCAGUCUCCGGACGCGUUUUGGGGAGAUGUUGCCAAAGAGUUUUUCUGGAAGACCAAACACUCAGGCAAGUUCCUGGACUACAACUUUGACGUGACCCAGGGCGAAAUUUACAUCAAGUGCAUGGAAGGAGCCACCACGAACAUCUGCUACAACGUCCUGGACCGCAAUAUCCAUGAGAGGAAACUGGGAGACAGAGUGGCUUUUUACUGGGAGGGGAAUGAGCCAGGAGAUGAGAAGACUGUGACCUACAGAGAGCUUCUACAGCAAGUGUGCAAAUUUGCCAACGUUCUUAAGUCACAAGGAGUGAAGAAGGGGGAUCGUGUCUCUAUCUACAUGCCUAUGGUAGUGGAACUGGUGGUGGCCAUGUUGGCUUGUGCCCGAAUUGGAGCUGUGCACUCGAUUGUGUUUGCAGGCUUUUCAGCUGAAUCACUCUGUGAAAGAAUUAUGGAUUCUCAGUGUUGUCUCCUCAUUACAGCUGAUGGCUUUUACAGAGGGGAUAAGCUCAUAAGUCUUAAGGUUAUUGCUGAAGAAGCUCUACAAAAAUGCAGAGACAAGUCUUUUUCUGUAGAACGGUGCAUUGUGCUGAAACACUUAUCGAAGGAAGAACCGGAGGCCUCUUCACCAGGCUCCAUGUCCCCCCCAGCGAAACGCUCUUGCCCCGACCUGCAGCAGAAGAAGGUGAAAGAAAAAGUAAGGAAGGUCCGUCCCAUCCCCAAGGUGCCCUGGAACCCAGAAGUGGAUGUAUGCUGGCACACACUGAUGGAUGGAGCGUCGGAUGAAUGUGAGCCAGUGUGGUGUGAAUCUGAAGAUCCUCUCUUCAUCCUUUACACAAGCGGUUCCACUGGCAAACCAAAGGGUGUGUUGCACACUGUCAGUGGUUACAUGCUUUACACUGCUGCAACAUUUAAGAUGGUGUUUGAUUAUCACUCCGAUGACAUUUACUGGUGCACAGCAGACAUAGGCUGGAUUACAGGUCACUCCUAUAUCACCUACGGUCCACUGGCUAAUGGGGCCACCAGUGUCCUGUUUGAAGGCUUGCCCACCUAUCCUGAUGUUAGCAGAAUGUGGGAAAUAGUGGAUAAAUACAAAGUCUCCAAGUUUUACACAGCACCCACGGCCAUCAGACUCCUCAUGAAGUAUGGCAGUGAGCCAGUCCACAAGUAUAAGCGGAACUCUCUGAAGAUCUUGGGUACAGUGGGGGAACCCAUUAACCCUGAGGCCUGGCAGUGGUACUACAGUGUAGUUGGGGAGAAGAGAUGCCCCAUAGUGGACACGUUCUGGCAGACUGAGACAGGAGGACAUGUAUUAACACCCCUUCCAGCUGCCACUCCUCUGAAACCAGGAUCUGCAACGUUUCCGUUUUUUGGAGUCGUUCCUGCCAUACUGAAUGAGUCAGGAGAGGAACUUGAGGGACCAAAUGAAGGUUACCUGGUAUUUAAGCAGCCCUGGCCGGGGAUGAUGAGGACCGUGUAUAGGAACCACCAGAGAUUUGAGACAACCUACUUCAAGAAAUUUCCUGGCUACUAUGUAACUGGAGAUGGUUGCCGCAGGGAUAAGGAUGGGUACUACUGGAUCACAGGCAGGAUCGAUGACAUGCUGAAUGUUUCUGGUCAUUUGCUGAGCACUGCGGAGGUGGAAUCUGCUUUGGUGGAACACAAGGCAGUAGCUGAGGCAGCUGUGGUAGGAACACCCCAUCCCGUUAAAGGAGAAAGCCUCUAUUGCUUUGUCACGCUCAAUGACGGCAUCAACUAUACUGCCAGCCUGGAGGCUGAGCUCAAGAAGCAAGUGAGGGAGAAGAUUGGUGCCAUAGCUACACCUGACUACAUGCAGAAUGCGCCUGCGCUUCCAAAAACUAGAUCAGGUAAAAUCAUGCGGCGUGUGCUCCGGAAGAUUGCAUCUAACCAGCAGGAUUUAGGAGACGUGUCCACGCUAGCAGACAGUUCAGUUAUUGAGCAGCUGUUUGAGAACCGUUGCUGUACUGCUGUGUGAACAUUAGUAGACACUAUUAAAACCACUUCACUUCAGUCCAGUAGGGCUUCAGUUUUAAAGAAGGGCAAAUGGGUAAAAUGAAAUGUAGAGCAAUCUUGGUGGAAGGUCAUGGGGGAAAUAAAAUGUACUGCGAUUUUAAAUCUCUAGGAAUGGAAAAAUUUUGGAGGGAGUUUUUACUGGACGUGUUUGUAUAUUUUAGUUGUAACCAUUUUUUUUCCCCCUGUGAAAUAUUUUUUUUUCUUUUUUUUUUUUUUAAAAAGGAGGGAGGGAAAAUGCAUAUCUUAUUGUUUUUCAGAUAUUUCAUGCACAGACAGGAACAGAGUACAUUUUAUUUAAUGUACUCAAUCACCGGUAGUUUUUAUAUGACUGAGAGAAUUUGUGCGUGCCAAGGUUGAAAAUCAUCCCAAAAAGACUCAGUUUCUUUUUGUACGAUGUGGUUUUACAUUUAAGAGAGAGUCUUUUUUUUUUUUUUUUUUUUUUUUUUGCAAGGCUAAUGUAGCAAAUGUUAAUUUCCGAUUUCUAAGCUCAGUUGUUAGGAUUUUAACAUGUCUCAAGAAACGAUGUGUAUACAUAUUGGGGAUUAUCUCUACUUUAGGGUAUGAUCAUGUUGUGCUAAAAUCCCCAAUGUAUUGCAUGAAAACUGCUUUUCCCAUAGUUCUACCAUGAGCUUGUAAUUGUGUUUUAAAUGCGGUAGGACAUGGGUUUUCUUCAAACUGAACUGAGAAGGACAAAAAUAUUUAAUACCAAAAUGCUGUGAUUUCAGUAACUAAUCCAGGUAAAGAUCCAGUAAUCUUGAACUACUGCAUCGUUCAGUAGAGAUUUGUUUCAGGAAUUGUUAAGACCAUCUGGCCCUUCCGUAAUUGCCUGUUCCUGCACGAGGAAUGUUCUGUGAUUUUAAUGGAGCAGCUCAGUAAGAUGCCCGUUUGUAAAUUUGCCAGAAUCUUAAAUGUACACCAAGUCUAGUCAGUGGGGUUAUGAUGUGACUUGGAUACGCUAUCAGACACCUUGAUCUUCAGGUAUUUUCAGGAUUCACCUGAAAUUAUUGCAUUUUCAAAUGAUUCAUAUGAUUAUUUCAUAUUAUUUUCAUCUUGGAGCCUCGUUCUCUUACCGGGGGAAAAAACUCCUUAAUGUUCGUUUAUCUUGUUUUUGUCUAUAUUCCCCUUUUUCUGUUCUCACUCGGCGAUAUAUUUUAAUCCCUGUAUUUUGACUGUUAAUCAAAUUAUGGCUCAAAUAUACACUGGUGUGGGUGAAAUAAAGUACCAAUUGAAUAACA